AUGUCGCAGCAAUACACCACCACCUCUGAGGCUCGCGACAUGAGAGCAGCACGUCGCGCUGCUGGUCACCCAGCUGCAACCACCACCACCACCACCACCACCACCACCCCUGAGGCCUCUACCAUGAGAGUCACACGUCAAGGCCUUCGCGCCUCUCGCCGUUGUCCGGCAACCUUCACCGCCGCUGCGCAAGCAGCAACCACACCACCCAUUUGCCAUUUCAAGAAGCUGCCAGCAGAAAUGCGCGACAUGGUGUACGGCCUCGCUCUCGACUUGGUGUACGAAGAUGCACAGAUGCUGGCCAACCUGCCAAUUCCGGUCAUUGCUCAAGUUGACAAAGAGAUCCGCAACGAGGUUCUCCCCAUCCACUUCGCGAAGACGAACUUCUCGAUCGCCGUCGGCACCAACAGCAACACACCAGGCAAAGACGCCAGACGCGUCUCCGGCACGAUUGGCCUCAAGCGCGAGGUCCACGCCUCCUUGCGCGGCCCCCUUGGCGGAUACACCGGCCUCCGCUCCCUCACCUUCCAUAUCUUCUCGAGCCAUGACAUCCGCCGCGCGCGCGAGAGACUUUCGCGCAACGACCCCGAUGCGCUGGAGUUCCUCAUCGCUAGUCUCCACAUCACACUCGAGAAGGGCGAGAUCGUCACGAAGCGGACCGAGGGAAACGACCACCCAAGCCUGCGCGAGGUGUCGAAUCCGGGCAGGCUCAUCGAAUGCUUUGAGAGCGCUGACGAUCUCGCUCGCGAGAUUGGAGGAGUCGAGGGUUUUCAGGGUUUCGAUGUGGACGAUGUCGAUGACAUCGCGAAGGAGUUUCGUGUCUUGAGCCCUCGUACCAAGGCGUCGAAGAAUGGCAAGAGAGGUCUGAAGUAG